AUGGAGGUCGCGACCUGCACGACGACGGUGCUGAAACCGGCGUACGCCACCCCGCACCCGCUCGCCGGCGAGAAGGUCCCGCUGACCAUCUUCGACCGCGCGGCCUUUGACAUCUUCGUGCCCAUCGUGCUCGUGUACCCCGCGCCGGCGCCGCCCUGCAACCGGGCGCUCAAGGAGGGCCUCCUCAAGGCCGUCGCGGCGCACCCUCACCUUGCCGGCCGCGUCGCCGUCGACAACCAGAGCCGACCGUUCCUCCACCUCAACAACGAGGGCGUCCUCCUAAUGGAGGUGACCGUGCCGUCGCGCGACAUGGAAGCCGUCUUGCUCGCCGGCGGCGUGGCUGCAAACGACCGCUUCAGCGAGCUAUACCCACCGGCCCCAGAGGAGAAAAUUGGGGCGGCGGUGCUGCAGGUAAAGCUCAACCGCUACAAGUGCGGCGGCCUCAUCAUCGGCAUGAUCUGCCACCACCGUGUCGCCGACGGCCAUUCCUUUAGCACCUUCCUCACCAAGUGGGCGAUGCUUGUACGAGCGGCGGGCCACAACGACGGCGACUUCACCUCUCCGCCGCCCUUCCUCGACCGUGCGGCGACCGCCGUGCCCCGUAGCCCGCCGACGCCGGUGUUCGACCACCGGUCCGUCGAGUUCAACGCCGGGGACGGCCACGGCUCCAGGUCCUACGCCAUCGUCCCCGCGGACAAGAUCAAGAACCUAACGGUGACCUUCACCGCCGAGUUCGUCGCCGAGCUCAAGCUCAAAGCGCGCGGCGGCGGCGCCGUCCGGUGCAGCACGUUCCAGUGCCUCCUCGCGCACGUGUGGAAGAAGGUCACGGCGGCGCGGGGCCUCAGCCCUGGGGACUUCACGCGGGUGAAGGUGGCGGUGAACUGCACGCGCCGGGCCGAGCCCCCGGUGCCGGCGGACUUCCUCGGGAACAUGGUGCUCUGGGCGUUCCCGAGGCUUCAGGUCGGGGAGCUCCGGACGUCGAGCUACGGCCGCGUGGUCACCGCGAUCCGCGACGCCGUGGCGCGCGUCGACGCCGAGUACAUCCAGUCCUUCGUCGACUUCGGGGCGGUGGCGGACGCGAGCGGCGAGGACCUCGCCGCCGCCUCCUCUUCCGCCGCUGCGGCGGCGGGCAUGGUGCUGUGCCCGGACCUGGAGGUGGACAGCUGGCUGGGGUUCGAGUUCGACCGGACGGACUUCGGCACCGGCCCGCCGCGCGCGUUGCUGGCCCCGGACAUCCCCGUCGACGGGCUGAUGGUUUUCGUGCCGUCGGGCACGGCGAGGGGCGGCGUCGACCUGUUCAUCGGCCUCGUGGAAGGUCACGUCGAGGAGUUCCACAAAAUCUGCCACUCUCUGGAUUGAACAAUGCAGGGCCCCAAUCCUACCCACACACUGUUGCUGGGCUGGUUGCGGGCCUUCACUGGAAUCCAAAUGGCCCAAACGGUGUCUGAUGCCUUUUCUUUUUUUUGGUAACUUUAUUAUA